UUCUAUUCUCAUGAACUUAAGUAAAUCAUUGCGCCUACUUUCCGUUGUGCUUACGAUGCAGACAUUGUUUAUACUAAUAUUAUGAUAAUUGUAGGAUAAGAAGUUAAAGCUUUAAAGAAAAGACCUUAAAGAGUACUGACUUUUAUUAUCUUUCAAUAAUAUUAUUUUGCGCUGUUACAAUGUCAAGAACAGGAACAAAAUUAGAUUCAAAGAAAGUUAAUUCAGAGCUAUUUACACUUACUUAUGGGGCAUUGGUCGCUCAAUUAUUAAAAGACUAUGAACAUAUCGAUGAUGUGAAUAAACAAUUAGAGCGAAUGGGAUACAAUAUGGGUAUUCGUUUGAUAGAGGAUUUUUUAGCUCGCACAGGUUCGGGUAGAUGUUAUGACUUUAAAGACACGGCGGAUAAAAUUCAGACUGGGUUUAAAAUAUUUUUGGGUAUCACGCCAGUAAUAAAUAAUUGGAGCGUAGCAGGGGACGAAUUCUCUUUAUGUUUUGAAGCAAAUCCGUUAACCGAAUUUGUAGAAUUACCAGAUGACUGCUUAAAUUUGAAAUAUUGUAAUAUAUUGCCUGGGGUAUUAAGAGGUGCUUGUGAAAUGGUACAGAUGGAAAUUGCUGCAUGGUUUGUCCAAGAUCAAUUAAAAAGUGGUAACGUCACAGAAUUAAGAGUAAAAUUUAUAAAGAGACUGGAAGAUGCUAUACCAGCAGGCGAAGAUUAAUGUAAAUUUAAGUAAUUUAAUAAAUAAGAUGAGUUUAUAGUUAUUAUACAUAUUGUAUUGUUUAUCAAGUGAAAGAUAUAAAACAGAUGUGUUACAAUAAUUACUUAUACUUAACUUUAACUGUAUGUGUAUCAAAUUUUAAAUUAAAUUCAUUAAAUCAAGCUUAUAGGUAAUUGGUAAGAAAGAAUAUUAUUUGCAAAAUUCCAGAAGCUGAACUAUACUACCAAACUGUACGCAAAAUUGAGAAAUUAUAAGUUAUUUACAUUAAAUAUAUGUAAAGUA